AUCGUUCCGUAGAUGUUGUUGAACAAAUUUGGAGCAGAAACUGUUAAACAAACAUUUCACAAACAUUUAAUGUUUGUCAACACCUUCCGACUCCUCCUUCGCCGUCGUCGCUCACGACGCCUUCAACACGCGAAACCGGUUCCGGCAAGCACGUCCCACGCGCCGUCUUCGUCGAUCUUGAACCCACCGUCAUCAACGAAGUCUGUGCCGGCACCUACCGCCAACUCUUCCACCCCGAACAACUCAUCUCCGGCAAGGAAGACGCCGCCAACAACUUUGCCGGAGGACACUGCACCGGGUGUUUAAAAGGGUUGUUAUUUUCAUCACCAAAUCUCAUUAUUGAGUUGAAAACUGAGAGAACUCUUGUUUAAGUAAUAUAGAAGCGACAUUGUUGGGUUUUGGCGUUAAAUACAACAUCUGGCAUGGGAAAAGAGAAAGUAAGCUCGGAAGACGUUCACAAUUCUUAUAGCCCCAAAACAAGUCUCUGGUGGUUUUAUCUUGUUGCUACUUGUAUAAAAGCUCUCCUUUUCCCAUCCUACCGCAGUACAGACUUUGAGGUGCACCGCAAUUGGCUGGCUUUGACCCACUCCCUCCCUCUUUCCCAGUGGUACUUUGAUGAGACCAGUCCAUGGACUCUUGACUACCCACCUUUCUUUGCCUAUUUUGAACGCUUUCUAUCCAUUUUUGCUCACCUUGUUGAUCCCCAAAUAGUGCACCUUCAGCAGGGCCUGAAUUAUAGCUCAAACAAGGUGAUUUAUUUCCAAAGACUUACCGUAAUAGUCUCUGAUUUGACUCUUCUUUAUGGGGUUUACAGACUUACUCGGAAUCUAGAUUCAAGAAAGCAAAAAUUGAUCUGGUCAUUGGUUAUUUGGUCACCAAUGCUUCUUAUAGUGGAUCAUGUACAUUUCCAAUACAAUGGCUUUCUCAUUGGGAUUUUGUUGAUUUCUCUUUCAUAUUUGGAGGAAGGAGGGGAUUUGUUAGGUGGGUUUGUUUUUGCUGUUCUCUUGUGCUUUAAGCAUUUAUUUGCAGUGGCAGCGCCAGUUUAUUUUGUUUAUUUGUUGAGACACUAUUGUCGGGGUGGGAUUGUGAGAGGCUCCAGUCGACUUUUGAUUAUGGGAGGUAUGGUUGCAGCAGUGUUUGCAUCUGCAUUUGGGCCAUUUUUCUACUUUGGGCAGAUACAACAAGUCAUCCAACGAUUGUUUCCAUUUGGCAGGGGGCUUUGCCAUGCAUAUUGGGCCCCAAAUUUUUGGGUAUUCUAUAUCAUGUCAGAUAAAGGGCUUGCUUUCAUAUUCAGAAAACUUGGGUUUAAUAUCCAGACACCAGCAGGUUCAUUCACAGCUGGGCUAGUAGGGGAUUCCUCACCUUUUUCUGUACUACCUCAGGUCACUCCGUCCAUGACCUUUAUAAUGGUUCUACUUACCUUAUCUCCUUGUCUUUUCAAGGCUUGGAAGAAUCCACAGCCAAAGAUGAUUUGUAGAUGGGUAGCCUAUGCUUAUACCUGUGGCUUUCUUUUUGGGUGGCACGUGCAUGAGAAGGCAUCACUCCAUUUUGUAAUUCCACUAGCUAUUGUUGCUGCGCAAACCCUGGAGGAUGCAAAGCAUUACUUUUUGCUAUCAAUAGUAUCCUGCUAUUCACUUUUUCCGCUACUAUUCGAGGCACAAGAGUAUCCUAUCAAAGUUCUGUUGCUGCUUCUGCACUCCAUUUUGAUGUGGUCAGGCUUUUCAGCACAAUUUCAUGAUGGGAUUGAGACAAGAGCGUCAAAUGCUCGUCCAAAGAAAAAGGUUGAUCAAUUUGGAUCUAAAGGUAGUUCAGGUGAACCUGUGAAGAAUGAAGGUUUUGUUAUUAGCUGGAUUGAGAGGAUUUAUCCGGUUGGUCUUGUAGUUGUAGAGAUAUGGGGCCAAUUUUUACACCCUCUUCUUUUGGGUGAUAAGCUUGCAUUCGCGCCCCUUAUGUUGGUCUCUAUAUACUGUGCUUUUGGGAUCAUGUACUCUUGGAUUUGGCAGCUAAGAUCCAUUGUUAAAUCUCUUUAAAUUUUGGAUUGUUUGCAGUCAUAUUGAAUUCUCUUUGCAUGCACUUUUAGAAGCAGAAUUUCGAGAGCUCUCUUUUUACUUUUUUCAAGCAAGACAUUGCUUGAUAUGAAUAUUAUUAAACCCUAAUUGAAAAGUUAUUUGAUCA